AUGGGGUGGCACGGCCCCAAAGACCGCAUUCUCUCCAUCGACUUUCACCCCUUCGAUAAUGAGUUCGUGAGUGCGGGUUCCGACGAGAAGCGAUUCGUGGAGGAGGAGAGGGAGGGCACGGAGGGGUGCAUCAAGUUCUGGGAGAUCAUCAACGACGGCCAGCCCAUCCACCCCGAUAAGAAAAACAUACGCAUCCUCUAUGGUCUUUUCGAGGCAGACAAAAACACCAACAUCGUCCGCUACUCCCCCCAUGGCGGCCUCCUCGCCUCAGGCUCCGAUGACAAGUGCAUCACCAUCUGGGAGAAACGCGAGAACUGCCUUUCCAUCAACCGCUCAGACCGCAUCCUGCGAUGGUCGACCAAGGGCAGGCUCAUGGGGCACACUGAGGACGUGCUCGACCUGCGUUGGACCAACAACUCCCGCUUUAUAGUCUCAGCUGGUAUGGACAAGCGCAUUUUUGUGUGGAACGUCGAAAAAAAAUAUCAUGUGAAGAAAGACCCCGAGUCACAUUCGGAAUACUGUGCCUUCCUCUACCGCAAGAACUUCCUGGAGAAGCCUUCCUUCGUGAUCCCCACCAACGGCGAGCCGGCUCUGAUCUGCAAGUUUUGUCCCAAGCUGUUCGUGAAGAAGAGCGAGAAGGGACUCUUCCAGCAGAACUACUACAUGGUCUACGCCGUCGCCACCUCCUCAGCGGUCCUCAUCUUCAGCACUGAGAAAAUGCAGCCUCUCUUCGGCAUGGGCAAUUACCACUAUGCUGCUCUGACCGAUCUCAGCUGGCGUGGCUCAGAAAUGUUGGCCAUCUCAUCCUCAGACGGCUACUGCUCCUUUAUUGUCUUCGAAAAGGACGAGCUUGGCGAGAUAUACGAGCCGACUGGCGACUUGGCUGCUCUGAUGAAGGUGCAAGAGUAUGUUCCAGCGCAGAAGCCAGCGAUGACGGAGACCCAGCAGGAGCGAGUGGAGUACAGGGAGACGGAGAACGGCGUGAAGAAGAAGCGGAUCAUCCCCAAGAAGUUGGCUGAGCUUUGA